GCUAGGCUCGAGGAGCUACUCAACAAGGCAAACAGCAGCUCUCUGCGAAAACCACUUUUACCCAUCCGCAUCCAACAUCCACCGGGGCCAACGGACGGCGUUAAAACCUGUCAGAUUUCUCCUACAUAAAUGUUCCUAUGGAUUACUAAUCCACUUUCGUCGAAGAGCAGAAGUGUUUGUCAACUUGACAGCAUAGCGUCGGAUUCGUUACACUGGUCACCAAGAGGACUCAUAGAGAGAUGAAGACUCUGGAGGAGCCCCCCUACCUGACAGUAGGGACGGAUGUGAGCGCCAAGUACCGAGGGGCUUUCUGCGAAGCCAAGAUUAAGACUGCCAAGAGGCUAGUCAAGGCCAAGGUGACCUUUAAACCAGAUCUGUCCACGGCCGAGGUUCACGAUGAAAACAUCAAAGGACCUCUGAAGGUGGGUGCUGUCGUGGAGGUGAAGAAUCAGGACGGUGUUUACCAGGAAGCCACAAUCAAUAAGCUCACCGACGCCAGUAUAUAUACUGUUGUGUUUGACGACGGCGACGAGAAGACCCUGAGGCGUUCCUCUCUCUGCCUGAAAGGAGCGCGUCACUUCGCGGAGAGCGAGACGCUCGACAGACUCCCCCUCACCAACCCCGAGCACUUCGGCACGCCCGUCAUCGGCAAGAAGGGCAACCGCGGCCGACGAUCGAACCCCAUUCAAGAGGAGGAGCUGUCUUCAUCCUCCAGUGAAGAAGAGGAGAGCGAUCAGCGCCAGAAUGAAGACUUGUUUGGCAAGGUGGUGUGCGUGGAGGGGGUUGCCACCGGGGACAAGAAGAAGACGACGUGGUAUCCCGCCCUGGUCAUCUCCCCGGACUGCCACGAGGACAUGACCGUGAAGAAGGACAACAUCUUCGUCCGCUCCUUCAAGGAUGGAAAAUUUUACAUGGUGCUGCGGAAGGAUGUCCGGGAGAUAAACAGCGAUAGUCCUCCGAAAGCUGACGCCGCGCUCAAACCAGCGCUGGAUGCGGCCUUGGAGUUCCAGCAGCGGCAGGUCGUCCCCUGCACCUGGAAGACGGAAGUGAAAGAGGAAAGCUCGAGCAGCGAGGAGGACGACGAGGAUGAGGAGGAGGACCAGGAAGAGGGCGCAAGCGGGGAAGAGGAGGAGGAGGAGGUGGAGCUGUUCCCAGACGAGAGGGAGAGCUUUCUCCAGCAGCUGUACAAGUUCAUGGAAGACAGAGGAACUCCCAUCAACAAGCGGCCCGUUCUGGGCUACAGGAACCUGAACCUGUUUAAGCUCUACAGGCUGGUGCACAAACUGGGCGGCUUUGACAACAUCGAAAGCGGCGCCGUUUGGAAGCAAGUGUAUCAGGAUCUGGGAAUCCCUGUGCUCAACUCAGCCGCCGGCUACAAUGUCAAAUGUGCUUACCGCAAGUACCUUUAUGGAUUCGAGGAAUACUGCACCUCCACUGCCAUCACGUUUCGGAUGGACCUCCCUCUGAAGCAGGGUCCCAAGGUUGAAGUGAGGACCGAAGAGGAGCCCAGAGCAGCAGCUACCAAGUCAUCCAGCUUAGAGGAACAGAAAACCCGACUGGACGGGGAAACUUGCAGCGUGCAGUCUGUAGUCUGCAAGGACGAGAAGCCCGACCUGGCUCGGAGCAAAGGCGAGCCCGAACCGUCGAAGCCAGAGAGGAAGGACGGCGGGGCCGAGGACGAGAAGGAGGGUCCUCACAAGGACGCGGAGGAGGGCUCGUCCACGGCCCGCCUCGGAGCCGACGGCCUGAAGCGGGAGCUCGACGACGAGCAGGAGAGCAAGGACAACUCUGGGGAUGACAGCAGUCAGGAGGGGGAGGAAGGGGAGGAGUUUGAGUGUUACCCCCCGGGGAUGAAGGUGCAGGUGAGGUAUGGGCGAGGCCGCAAUCUGAAGACGUACGAGGCCACUGUGAAAGAGGCAGACGUGGAGGGGGGAGAGGUGCUCUACCUGGUGCACUACUGUGGCUGGAACGUCAGGUAUGAUGAAUGGGUCAAAGCUGACAAGAUUGUGCGGCCCGCCAAUAAGAACGUACCAAAAAUAAAGCACCGCAAAAAAAUAAAGAACAAAGCGGAGAGGGAGCGAGACAGGUUGGAGAGGCUCAAUGACAGGGAGGCCCGCGGCCCUUCGCCCAACGCCAACCGAGUCCCGCGCUCCAAAUGCGGCCUGAGUCAGGAUGUCUUUUCCAAGAUGGACGAGGGUGAGGACAAAGGGACUCAGCAGUCUCCCGUCAAGUCUAUAGAAAUUACCUCUAUCCUCAAUGGCCUGCAAGCGUCUGAGAUGUCCACGGACGAAAGCGAGCACGAGCGUGAGGACGAGGAAGGAGAGCACAACGACGAAGAUCGGCCGGGUUGUCGCGGCAACCUCCGAAAAGGCCCGCCGGAGCUGCCGCAGACAGCAGAGCAGCGCUGGGACAGCGGCGGCGGCGCCCCCGACGGAGCCAAACCUUCGCCGGUCUUGGGGAAAAGCCAGGAUGCCGGCGGCGCCGAGGUCCCCGACGCGGCGAAACGCCGGAGCCAGCCGGAGCUGGAGGGCGAGGCCAGCACCAGGAAGAGGAAGUCUGACGGCGCAGCCGAGAGGACCCCCAGGGGCCAGUCCAAAGCCAAGACCAGGAACACCAGGAGCGCCGACUGGUUACCGGGGGCCUCUCCCAGGAAGCUGGAGGAGAGAGCGGCGGGCCCCGGGGAGGGCCGGGGGGCCUCGUCCAGCAGCAGCUCGGACGACGAGGGCGCGGCGCUGGCCGAGUCCCAGGCGCAGGAGAGCGAGCGAGGCCGCCCCAAAACCAAAGGUUCACCUGCCAAGAAGUACAACGGCAUGAAGGAGAAGAGCAAAGGUGGCAGACAAGCGGGCUUCUGGGAAAUCCCUGAAAAGAGGGCCAAAGUGUCUGGGAACGUGGAGGACCGGGCGGCCGUGCGCCCCAAGGGACAGAAGGACGUGUGGUCCAGCAUCCAGGCUCAGUGGCCCAAGAAGACUCUGAAGGAGCUGUUCUCCGACUCGGACACGGAAGCCGCCAAUUCGCCCCCUCCCCCCGUGCCGUCCUGCCUGGAGGAGCCCGGCGCCGAGCGGGACGGCGGGCCGGAGGACGAGGCGUCGGAGGAGCAGAUGGAGAACGACAAGCUGCAGGAGUUCCCGAGCAGCGGCAGCAACUCCGUGCUCAACACCCCCCCGACGACGCCCGAGUCGCCCUCGGGCGGGGGCAGCGCCGUGGAGGACUCCGGCCAGGCGCCGCCGUCCUCGCCGCCGCCGUCCCUGCUCCCCGCCCUGCCUUCGGAGCCGGUUUCUGACGGUCUCCCUGCGGGCCCCCCCCAGGAGGAGGCGGCGGGCGGACGCAGCGAGACGGACAGCAGCACGGUGGAGGUGGAGAGUCUGGGCGGCGAGCUGCAGGAGCUCCCCCAGGACGAGGGGGCGGGUUCCCCCUCCAAGGUGUUCGACGUCAGCCUCUCCUGCAACAGCAGCAGCAGCUGCAGCCUCGAGCUGAGCAGCGGCAGCCAUCAGGAGAGCGAGCACAAGUCCAAAGCGGCUGCGACUCAGAAGCGGCAGAAAGAAUCACAGACAGGUGGAGCCUCAAAGAAACACAAGCCAAACCGCAAGAGCCCAGGUGUGCCUCCCAAAAAGAAUAGGAAAACAGCCAACAGCAGUGACAGCGAGGACCAGUCUGUUGUUGAGGGCACUGCCAAACCCACUGCCUCAAAGAACAACGCAGCGGACCUGAAGGCUGCCGCCUCGCCCAAGUGUCACGGACGAUCUCCCCCCUCCAGCCAUAAGUACCACAAGCAGGGCGACGCAGAUCACACCCAGCACCGAGACAGCCACGGGAGGUCGCAGCGCGUGUACAAGUGGAGUUUCCAGAUGUCUGAUCUGGAAAAGAUGAGCAGCCUGGAGAGGAUUUCCUUCCUUCAGGAGAAGCUGCAGGACAUCAGGAACCACUACCUGUCCCUCAAGUCUGAGGUGGCCUCCAUCGACAGGCGGCGAAAACGCAUGAAGAAGAAGGAGCGAGAAAGCACAGUGGCCGCUUCCUCCUCCUCCUCCUCUUCCUCGUCGCCUUCGUCCAGCUCGCUGACGGCGGCGGUCAUGCUGACGCUGGCCGACCCGCCGGUGUCAUCCUCAUCCUCCUCAUCUCAGAACUCCGGGGUCUCGGUGGAGUGCAGGUGACAGGACGACGCAGCGAGCGAGCCGCUGCACUGAGCACUUAACCAGCACCCCGGGGUCCCGGCGCCCCCCGUUCCCUUUCAACAGGAUGGACGAGCGAACCAACCUACUGUAACUACUGGGACACAAAGACCAGACCAGAGACAAAGCAAAACAAGAAACAAGCACUAUUUUUUACUGACAACUGUUUCCUUGGCAAGCUAAUGGCACUUAAGUGCACUUUUAUGAAGAUUGUGUAGGGCGAUGAAAUUUGUCAAGAAAAAAAAUAUUCAUAAUUGUCUUUUUUGCUCUUCUUAAUUGGAACAUUUACAAGAAUUGUUGUUGUUUUGGUUUUUUUUUUGCAAGCAAUAAUUGUUUCCAUUUGAUAAAAUUGUAUUGGUGAGGGAUGAUUUCCAAUGAAGAGUCCUCACAGAUCAUCGAGGUACCGCUUGUGCUCGCCGUGUUUUUACGGGGAUUUGGGAGAAACACUGCCACAUUGGCACUAAGGGCACACCAUCAGUAACUUUGCCACGUUUCUCUGUCCGCACUCAUUUAAAGAAAGUGACGACGCUCUCGUCGCCUGCUGCUCGCUUGUUUCCGAGUGGCGUCGGUGGUGGCGGGGUUGGGUUUCAGACCAUCGUAAGUCCGCCGAAAGCCUCGGCGGGUGAGUAUGGAAUGAUACUGUAGUGCCUUUUUGUUCUUCUCCACGGGGCACUUUGAGAAAGGACAGCACUUUUAUAAAUUCCUGAUCCUCUUCUCAAAUCUGAGGGUCCACCAGAACAACGUGUCCCUUUAUUAAAAAAAAAAAACAUAAAUAAAUGAAUGAAUUAAAGAAAAAAAAAGACUGUAGAAUGCUGUAUGAGUGAUCAGGCAGAGAAGGGCUAAGUCUGAACGGGAAUGAUGGAUGUUAGCAGCGUUUGGGUUUGUAUAAGACGUGUAAAAGCAGAACUCAGAUACUGGACCACAUGUAACCUGCUACUGAGGACUCCUCCAGCGUCGGGUAUCACUGUUGAGUCUGGUAGUAUCAAAUGUGCAAUGAUGGGGGCGGAAAAUGCAAUGGUCACAUUAUUUAUGUUCGUCAUCCUUUUUUGAGAAGCCCAUCUGCUCGGUUUCGUUGUGUUUUCCAUCUCCCGUGUGACCCCCCCCCCCCCCUGCUGCUGUCGUCCUCGCCGACGAGGCGCAUCUGCAACAGGAUCAAGUUAACUCGAAGGCUUCACAGCUCGCAGUCGGCACUGCUGCUGAAUCCCCUCAUCUGCAGUCUGUCACGCAACACAGAUUUAUUGAAUCUAGUAUAGUUUUGCUUCAAUGAAUUAAGCGACACAUAGUUUUUGUUUUUUUUUGUUUUUUUUAAGGAUGGCGUCUCUUUCUGGUCAUUUUCACGAUCAGAAGGGAAAACCUCUCCGUCUCACUCUCAUCCCUACCAAAUAGUGUUUGGUUCUGUUUUCCUGUACUAUGACCAGAAUAAAGGUAGAGAUAUUGUAAAUGUGCAUUUAUAUCAUAAAAGUGACGUAUGUGUAUACAUUUCUGAAGACAUCUCCAGUGUUUCCUUUGUAUAGACCCCCUACUGUAUGAUAAUCUGAAGCUAUGUUUUGUUCGGCACCUGUAUGUAAUUGUAUGCUUUUGUUAUACAUUUGUAUAUCAAGAAGUGUUUUGAGUCGAGCUAUUUAAUAUCUUGCACUGUUAAUAACAUGUACUUUUCUGUACAGACAGUUUUACAGUUUUAACUGUAGUUUGAGUGUAAAUAUUGUGGGUUACAGCAUGUUUGUUCUCCCCCAUUUCAGUCUCUUUUUCUUUGACUUUAUGUUCGGAUCCUCUUUAAUCAGUUUAUUUCUUUCCUUUUUAUUUCAUGUUCGCUUUAGUUUUUACCCUCUUGUUUUUCUAUAGCUUGUACUUGUAAGAGAAGAAUGGUGUUUUUUUUGUUUUUGUUUUGUUUUUUUUGGACGCAACAGAACUAUUUUCCAACCUGUACAUGGCCUGAAGCUUCAGCUGUAUGAACCUGUAUAUGGAAAACAGUCUGCAUCAUAGAUUCAGAGAAAGCAAAGCAAUGGAGCUUGUUGAAAAAUGCUCAAUAGUAUUUAUUAGGCUCAUCUGAUGAUGGUCAUUGUGUAAUUUAUUGUAAAAAUGUAAGCAAAGCAGAAGCCUCUGUUUGAAAUAAAUGCCAUAGUUUGUGAAGUA